GACGCCCGUGGGUCUGAGAACAGUGGCGUGUCAGGUUACAGGCGUGGCGCAGUUUGUUUCUGAUCGUUUCGUAAUUCAUCACCGCUAAGCAGGAAGUGCAGCCAUGGCGCAGGGGCUCAGAGAAAGGUUUGAAAAAUUUCUCCAUGAAAAGAAUCUGCUGACAGAUGUCCUGGCAAAGGUGGAAGCAAAAACCGGAGUAAGCAGGACCUACAUUGCUCUCGCUGUCAUCGGUGUAAUCGCAGUUUACUUGGUCUUUGGAUACGGAGCCUCCCUGCUAUGUAACCUCAUCGGGUUUCUGUAUCCAGCCUACAUAUCGAUUAAGGCCAUUGAAAGUGCCACCAAAGAUGAUGAUACUAAGUGGCUGACCUACUGGGUGGUGUAUGGAGUCUUCAGUGUGGCAGAGUUUUUUGCUGACAUCUUCCUUUCCUGGUUCCCAUUGUACUAUAUUGGAAAGUGUGUCUUCUUGGUGUGGUGUAUGGCUCCAACUCCUUCUAAUGGAUCGGUGCAGAUAUAUAACCGCAUCAUUCGACCAUUCUUCCUCAAGAACGAGGCCAAGAUUGAUGAUGUAGUGAAUAACAUCAAGGACAAGGCGUCAGAAGCUGCAGACAAGUUCAAGGAUGAGGCUAGGAAAGCCACAGCAAACCUCAUAUUUGAGGAGAAGAAGAGCUCCUAAGAAUGAAGUAUGUCCACAGUGCCAGCUCUGUAGCUGACUAAUUGAAGAAAUUUUGCCUUGAAAAUGUCAGUUUUUACAGCACCCAUUCAGAACACAUCUGUAAGCUUCAUGCCUGUGAUAUUAAAUGUAAAACUGUAGCAAUCAAAGCCGCUCCAUGUUUUGUUUUGUUUUUCUGGAAGGCUCUCAGUUUAACUGUAUGGUAGUCCUGGUAUGCUUCUUGAACCAAAUAAAAACUACUUUACUAAAACCA